AUGAUGAAGACGGAGGGUAAGACCCCAAGUGGGGGAACCAGGAGUUCCUCACCGCAUAGAAAUGCUUAUGAGGUUGGGGUGCAAAAGCUGCGCACAGGCAAAGAUGGGGCGCCGGAGGUGGAAUCCGAAGAAGCGCGCAAAUCCAGGUGUAAAUACGGUUCUAAUGUGCACCGCAUCAAGAACAUGUUCCUACAGAUGGGGACAGGUCCAGCAGGUAAUGAAAACGAAGCUGGGAAACCAAAAGAGAAGCCAUCCCGACUGACAUUGCCGCGGGCCGGCAGUCUGAAUGAAAACGUCAACCAUAGCGCCCUGCUGAAGCUAGGAACUAGUGUUUCCGAAAGGGUAAGCCAUUUCGAUGCAUCGGCAGACCGACCGACUUCUAAAUUGCAAGAGGCACGCCGGGUGUUUGAGAGGAACCUACAAGAGAAGGAGACCACCAACAGGAUCUUCUUGCGUAAAGAGAGAGGUGGCUUCCAGGACCGAAAACUAGAUGUUGUGGUGAGGUUCGGUGGAAGUACAGAGUCCCUUGACAAGUUGGACACCGAUGCCGUCUCACCAACGGUCAGCCAGCUGAGCGCAGUUUUCGAGAACGCUGACCUCCGCAAUAACAUUCACAAAGUUCCUCUCAAAGGCCCAGCUGGCCGCAGGACAAGACUUUUUCAGCCAGAAGCAACCAAGGCCACCGAAGAGAAGAAACCCACAGCUAAAACCGUAGAUGCUCCUCACAGGUCAAACGCAGUCCAGGAGGUUUGUAAAAUCAAGCCAGUGGAAGUGGAAGAAAGUGGUGAAUCAGAAACCGACGUGGUUAAGGAGGCAGAACCAGCAAAAGAUGAAGGACCUGUCAACAACGCAACUGAGAAUGGUGGGACAGAAGCUAAGGGGGUAACGGCGCGAGAAACAGAGCUAGAGGAAGAAGUGGAAGCAGAAGCCGCAGAUGAAGACUACAAGCGGGAAGACUGGUCCGAGGUUGAAGUAAUAGAACUGAGUGCCUAUAGUGGACUAGGGGAAGAUUCAGGGGGCAGUGGUUUGGAUGAAGACGAGGAUGGUUUUUAUGAACCGGUCACCAGUUGCCAGGAGAUUGAGGGCCUCUCCGAGGAGGAGGAACCUGCUCCAUCACGGAAAAUACGGUUCAGCACAGCCCCCAUUAAGGUCUUCAGCACAUACUCCAACGAGGAAUACGACCGCCGCAAUGACGAUGUGGACCCCAUGGCUGCCUCUGCAGAGUAUGAGCUUGAAAAACGGGUCGAGAGGCUGGACCUCUUCCCUGUGGAACUGGAAAAAGACUCUGAAGGUCUUGGAAUCAGUAUUAUUGGGAUGGGAGCGGGUGCCGAUAUGGGCCUGGAGAAACUGGGAAUCUUUGUUAAGACUGUGACCGAAGGGGGAGCAGCCCACCGAGAUGGAAGGAUUCAGGUGAACGAUCUGCUGGUAGAAGUUGAUGGAACCAGUCUGGUUGGUGUCACACAGUCCUUCGCCGCUUCUGUAUUGAGGAAUACAAAGGGACGCGUAAGGUUUCUGAUUGGCCGAGAGAAGCCUGGAGAGCAGAGUGAGGUGGCCCAGCUGAUCCAACAGACACUGGAGCAAGAGAGAUGGCAGAGGGAGAACAUGGAACAACGCUAUAACCAGUGUAACGAGGAUGAUGAGGAGACAGGGGAGUAUGCCACAGACGAGGAGGACGAAGAGAUGAGUCCCAUGUUUCCAGGUGGAGAACUGGCUAUUGAAGUGUUUGAAUUACCAGAAGGAGAAGAUGCCUUGUCCCCUGUGGAGAUGGACCCUGAGAAACUUGUGCACAAGUUUAAGGAGCUUCAGAUAAAGCAUGCUGUGACUGAGGCAGAAAUCCAACAACUGAAGAGAAAGCUGGCUGGGCUGGAGCAAGAGCGAUCUCGCUGGAGAGUGGAGAAGGUGCAGCUGCAGCAGAGUGUUCAGGAGAACAGGGAGCGUGUGGAGAAGCUGCAGGGUUACUGGAUGGAAGCUCAAAGCCUUUGUCAGGCAGUGGAUGAGCAUCUGAAGGAGACCCAAGCCCAGCAUCAGGGUCUGGAGCGCAAGUACAGCAAGGCCAAGAGGCUCAUCAAGGAGUACCAGCAAAAGGAGCUGGACUUUUUGAAGAAAGAAGAGAUGCAAAAGCAGGCACUGGAAGAGAUAGAGACUGCACAUGCUGCGGAGAUCCAGAGACUUCAGGAAAAGGUAUCAUUAGAUACAGUACAGCUGCUUAUUCUGAGUUCACUGCACACUGCAGGCUUCUCACAUUUUGCAUUAGAAACCACAGCUAGUUGGCUGGUGGACAUCCAGCAUUAUCUUUCACUUUUCUCCCUGACUGUCCCUGGUCCGACCCUAUCUCUCAUUGGAUUUCAGUUUGUUCAUUCAUACAGGUUUAGCUUCACAUGUGGGUGUUUUCUGGGCUGGUCUGUGUGCAAAUACAUCCUGCCUAAGAAGGCAAACUUCCCUAGACUGACAUCCGCCCAUCAAGGCAUUUUGAUAUUUGCAUAA